AAUAACAAAAAAAAAAUAUCGUCAACGUCACUCGAAUCCGUAUCGGCACGGAACAGUUUGCCACUAAAUAUAAUUUUAUUUAUUAGCCUUUCCUAAAAAAAAAUCCAGCUCAAUUUCCAACUCUACCAACGAUGGCGACGCUAAAAGAUCGUCAAAUUAAUGCUAUCAAGCAGAUGCUAAAUCUCAAUCAACCCAUCACGAAAGCGAUAUCGGCCGAACCCGUCUGGAAGCUGCUGAUAUACGAUCGUGUCGGGCAGGACAUUAUUUCCCCGCUCAUAUCGAUUCGCGAGCUCCGGGAAAUGGGCAUUACGCUGCACAUCCAGCUACAUUCCGACCGUGAUUCCAUACCGGACGUACCGGCGAUAUACUUCUGUGCGGCGACGGAAGAAAACCUGGGCCGCAUCGCGCAAGACUUCCAGAACGGGCUGUACGACGUGUACCAUCUGAACUUUAUCGCGCCCAUCUCCCGGCAGAGGCUGGAGGAUCUGGCCGCGGCCGCACUGCAGGCGGGAUGCGUAGCGAACAUUCACAAGGUGUACGACCAGUACCUGAACUUCAUCACCCUGGAGGACGAUAUGUUUGUGCUGAAGCACCAGAACAGCGAUGCUCUUUCGUAUUACGCUAUUAAUCGUGCCAACACGGAAGACGUCGAGAUGGAAAACAUUAUGGACAGCAUUGUGGACAGCCUGUUCGCGGUGUUCGUAACGCUCGGCACGGUGCCCAUCAUACGCUGCCCGAAGAACAGUGCCGCCGAAAUGGUCGCCCGCAAGCUGGAAAAGAAGCUGCGCGAAAAUCUGUGGGACGCGCGCAACAAUCUAUUCCACAUGGACGCGACGCAGACGGGCGCGUUCAGCUUUCAGCGCCCGCUGUUGGUGCUGCUAGAUCGUACGAUCGAUAUGGCGACACCGCUGCACCACACCUGGACGUACCAGGCGCUGGCGCACGACGUGCUCGAGCUCGCCCUGAACCGGGUCGUGGUGGAGGAAGAUCCGUCGGCCGACCAGCAGCAGCAGUACGGGGCGACCGGGGCCAAGCCAAAGAUGAAGGCGUGCGAUCUGGAUUCGCGCGACCGGUUCUGGUGUACGCACAAGGGCAGCCCCUUCCCGACCGUUGCCGAAGCGAUACAGGAGGAGCUGGAGCAGUACCGGUCGUCGGAGGAGGAAAUCAAGAAGCUCAAAACGACCAUGGGCAUCGAUGGCGAGUCGGACGCCGCCUUCUCGAUGGUGAACGACAACACGGCCAAGCUGACGAGCGCCGUCAACUCGCUGCCGCAGCUGCUGGAGAAGAAGCGGCUGAUCGACAUGCACACCAAGAUAGCGACCUCCAUCCUGAACUACAUCAAGUCUCGGCGGUUGGAUUCGUUCUUUGAGCUGGAGGAAAAAAUCAUGUCCAAGCAGGCACUGGACCGGGCGCUCAGUGAGGUGCUGAAGGAUCCGGAGUUUGGGCUGCCCGAGGACAAGAUGCGACUGUUUAUCAUCUACUACAUCUGCAGCAACGUGUCGGACGGGGAGUUUAAGCGGAUCGAGGAGACGCUGCGGGAGUGCGGGUGUGAUCUGUCCCCGCUGCCGUACAUCCAGCGGUGGAAGAGCAUCAUGAAGAGCACGCUUACCAACUCGAACCAGUACGAGGGCAGUGGCACGAAGACGGUGUCCAUGUUCUCGAAGCUUGUAUCGCAGGGGUCGUCGUUCGUGAUGGAAGGCGUGAAGAACUUGGUGGUGAAAAGACAUAAUCUUCCCGUAACCAAAAUCACCGAACAGCUGAUGGAAUGCCGGUCCGGUGGCGGGUCGGAGGUGGACGACUAUCUCUACCUCGACCCGAAGCUGCUCAAGGGCAGUGAUGUGGUGCCGAAAAAUCGGGCCCCCUUCCAGGACGCCAUCGUGUUUGUGGUCGGCGGCGGUAACUACAUCGAGUACCAGAAUUUGGUGGACUUUAUCAAAUCGAAGCAGAGCACCAACAGCAUCCGGCGCAUCAUUUACGGUGCCUCGACGCUAACGAAUGCGAAACAGUUUUUAAAACAGCUGUCACUGCUCGGGCAGGAAAUCGGUGGCGUAUAGAGCAAAUCGGAUCCGGUGCGCCGGGAAGGCAUUGCACGUUGCUUUGGCGUUGUGCGGCGGCUGGCGGUAGGAAAUGAUCGGUGUGAGCUUAGCUAGACGAGGGUGGGGAACGAUGAUCGCGAGGGUCGUUAACGCAAUGGACUAGGAUUAUUAACGGGGUUAAGUGGGAGGGGGAGCUAUGUUUCCUAGUUAGGGCUCUAUGUUUCUGCAGAUGAUUACAAUCCGUUGCUGUUUCGUUAGCUUUCGAAGCGUUUAUAUUGGGUAGUAUCGCAUUUACGUUAGCCAGCGGGCAAAAGGGACAGUACCAACCCGAUUAUGUUUUAUUCGGAUAACUUUUGCCUAGUAUUGAUAAAUAUAUAAAAUAAAAAGGAAAAAUUGUCGACGCUGAGACAUUAUUGCCCGGCGUGGAUGCUAAUUUCA